AUGUUCGGCCUUGGGCGUUACUUGUAUGGACUUUGCGACCGCAUUGUGACCCGAGUACGAGAACUACUCGUGGUUCCCACAGGUCUUCCGAGGGAUCGUGGUGCCGGUACUGAUUCUACGGGAAAUCCACGUAGCGCAAGUGCGCCGCCAAUGACAGCCGAACAACGGCAACACGAAGAACAACGCAAACGAGUCAAUGCUGAUCGCUUCUAUUCCAACGGGCAUCUCAUUGAAACCGUACAAGAUGAAAGCCAGAGCAACUUUGACGAAGAGGCACAACAAGCUGACAACCACAAGACCAUGCACGAGAAACCCCAUCCCUAUCAAGACAAGGAUCGAAUGACCACUCUCAUGGAACCCAUCGAAGAAUGA